AUGAAAUAUACUUUGUUUGCUUUAUUGGUGGUAUCGGCAAUUGUUUGUUGCUCCGGUGCUACCGGACCAAUGAUGAUCGCUCAGGAGAAUGGUAUUGAUUCAAUGACCAUCCGUUCUCUCGGAGUUCCAUCACUCAACUCCAAUCCAUUGCCAGGAAAGGAGAUUAUCAAGAUUAAGGAAGCCACCAGUUUAUUGAUCGACGGUCUUGCAUAUACCGUCUCUGCCACCAUCGGAAGCAAAUACUACGUCAUGCUUGCAUACGGUUCCGAUAUUUUCAUGUUUGGUAUCAACUUGGAUGAUGGUUCACUUUUCAUUGAUACCUAUUCACCAAACCAAGAACAAAUCUAUGUAUAUGGUUUGUCAUAUGAUUCCAAAUCAAAUUAUUUGAUUGGUCUUUCAUCUCUUCCAUAUUCAGUUCCAUCCUAUUUCGAUGUUGUUGAGAUUGACCAAAACUCUGGUGCUAUCUCCAAGAAUUUCUCAUUCGGUGAAUUCCCAGCCGGUUCCGUCUACUCUGGUAUCUAUGCUUUCAACCAAGACGCCUCAGAAUUGUACGUUGUCUACCGUCAAUAUACCAACGCUUCUGAAUCCACUCAAGAAGGUAUGGUCGUUGUAAACACCCUCACCGGUAAGGUCUCAAGAAGCUUCUGGUUCACCGGAUUCCAAGCUGCCGAUAUGUGGUUGUACUCAUUGGUCUACGAUCCACAAUCACAACAAUUGAUCGGUUCCACCGCCAACUACGUCGGUACCAACCCAGCAUUCGUCUCGAUCAGUCCAGCCACCGGUCUUGUCACAUUGAUCUCCAGCUCCGCCGAGUACUCUGGUAACGGUCCAACCAUCUUGCCAGGUGGUAUCUUUGUCUCACCAGGUCACACCGACAUCUCCUCCAACACCCUCUACUAUGUUAAUAUCACCAAUGGUGAACUCCUCACCAAACACUCAUCCUUCGAUGUCUUGGUUGAGUUCCUUGCUCUCUACAAUGCUUAA